AUGAGGCUUCCUUCCCCUAGUCCCGUUGAGCCUAGGCACCGACUAUCUAGUCAAACCGAUGAGACAAACAGGAGGAGAUCUCUGAGAAGUCGAGAUACUAAAGAUCUCGAGAAGGGUUUACAUGGCUCCUUUCAGUAUAGAAAUUGGAAUGGAAAGUUCUCUACUCUGAAAGUUGUGUUGAUUCUUAUUGUGCUGGGAACUGUGUAUACGCUCUACCGUUCACCAGCGGUACACAUUGCAGACCAUCCAUCCAGUAAUAACUCUAGUUUUGUGAACAGAUGGACGAGAGAGUCAAGUGCAGUUGAUCCUCGCUAUACAUCUACAACUGGGAUAAACUGGGACCAUAUGUCAAACAUUGUCGAGAAGUUGACUGGAAAGAGUGAGUAUCAAGGGGUUGGCUUUAUAAAUCUUAACGAUGAUGAGAUUGAUCAAUGGAAGGAGCUGAUACCUGACUGUGACCAUAUUGCACUGCACCUGGACCAUAUGGCAAAUAACAUAACUUGGGAAUCCCUAUACCCGGAAUGGAUUGAUGAAGAAGAACAAUUUGAAGUCCCAACUUGCCCUUCUCUUCCUUGGAUUCAAGUUCCUGGCAAGCCUCGGAUUGAUCUUGUCGUCACCAAGCUUCCAUGCAACAAAGCAGGAAAGUGGUCAAGGGAUGUUGCCCGUUUACACUUGCAACUUGCAGCAGCUCGGGUGGCUACUUCUUCUAAAGGGCUUCAUGAUGUGCAUGUACUUUUGAUUACUGAUUGCUUUCCCAUUCCAAAUCUUUUUAUUGGAAAGGAGCUUGUCGCCCGGGAAGGAAACCUAUGGCUGUACAAGCCCAACCUUCACCAGCUGAGGCAAAAGGUACAGCUGCCUGUUGGUUCCUGUGAACUUACAGUUCCUCUUAAAGCUAAAGAGACUUUCUACUCAGCAAGUGCAAAGAGAGAAGCAUAUGCCACCAUAUUGCACUCUGCUAACUUCUAUGUCUGUGGAGCCAUAACAGCAGCACAGAGCAUUCGCAUGGCUGGCUCGACACGGGACCUGGUGAUACUUGUCGAUGACUCGAUAACUGAGUACCAUAGAGGUGGUCUGGCUGCCGCUGGGUGGAAGAUCUAUUCCAUUCAAAGGAUUAGGAAUCCGAAAGCUGAAGCAGAAGCAUAUAACGAAUGGAACUACAGCAAGUUUCGUCUUUGGCAAUUGACUGAGUACGACAAGAUCAUCUUUAUUGAUGCUGAUAUGCUUAUCCUUAGGAACAUUGACUUCCUCUUUGAGAUGCCUGAGAUAUCUGCUACCGGAAACAAUGCUACGCUCUUCAACUCCGGUGUGAUGGUAGUUGAACCAUCAAACUCCACAUUCCAGCUACUUAUGGAUCACAUCAAUGAAAUCGUGUCAUACAAUGGAGGAGACCAAGGUUACCUUAACGAAGUAUACACGUGGUGGCAUCGGAUCCCGAAACACAUGAAUUUCCUGAAGCAUUUCUGGGAAGGUGAUGAGCCUGAGAUUAAGCAGAUGAAGACACGUCUCUUUGGAACUGAUCCUCCUAUUCUCUACGUCCUCCAUUACCUCGGUAACAAACCUUGGUUAUGCUUCAGAGACUAUGACUGCAACUGGAACGUCGACAUUCUGCAGGAGUUUGCAAGCGAUGUAGCUCACAAAACCUGGUGGAAAGUGCACGACGCCAUGCCUGAGAACCUGCAGAAAUUCUGUCUACUGAGAUCGAAACAGAAGGCGCAACUGGAAUGGGACAGGAUGCAAGCUGAGAAAGGAAACUUCACAGACGGACAUUGGAAAAUUAAGAUCAAAGACAAGCGACUAAAGACUUGUUUUGAAGAUUUCUGCUUCUGGGAGAGUAUGCUUUGGCACUGGGGUGACAAGAACUGGACUGACAAUUCUACUAACUCUUUAUCACCGCCACCGGCACUUAAAACUCAUCUUUCUUCACUUUCACAAAGAAAGUACCUUGGAGCGUUUAAAAAGUUCAUCGGAUGGGUCUUGAAGGCGUCGUCCUUGUUGGGGAUCACUGACAAGGAAUGUCACACCCCAACCCUGAAACACGCCUGGAUAUUCCCCGUGCACUCCACAAGUCCACGUCUUCUCAUCUUGUCACAAAACCGCUACAAAACCGCCACAAGUCCCGUCUUCUCAUAUCUGCUUUACAAGAACGGGGAGGCUCGCAAUUUGGAACCCCACCAUGAGACGCAUCACAACCUUACCCAAACCCAAAAUAUAUUGGCAAGUGCUCGAGAAUCAUGGAGAGUCAUCCAAGAUAUCACUGAACAUUGCCCUUUACCCCGUGGACGAUGCAUUAACAGGGUUGUGUAUUACGGAGCCUCUCUUGAAAGUGAUCGUGCUGAUAAGUUCUUGUUGAGCUUCCUUGUCAGAUCUGAAAAGAUGAGUAUGAUCAAAGUAACAUCAACUCAUUGUGGUGCUUUCCUUGUACCUUACCACGGAAAGUUGGCUUCUGUUACUUCAAAAGCUGAUGAUUAUAUUACAAUGUCGAUUUUGGAGGAUGCAGAGAAGCACGAGUGUGGUCAGAUAAACCUCUCAUUUACCUUUUCCUCGCAAUGA